GCCAUUUUGGAAAAUUGACGGGCGUACGCAUUUCUGUGUAUUUCUUUCGCCGUGUUUGCUUGGAAAACACUCCGAGAAUGUCAGAGUCGUACGAUUUCUUAUUCAAGUUCCUCGUUAUUGGAAGUGCUGGCACAGGCAAAUCAUGCAUUCUUCAUCAGUUUAUUGAAAGCAAAUUCAAACAAGAUUCAAAUCACACCAUUGGGGUUGAGUUUGGCUCCAAAAUCAUCAACGUCGGUGGCAAGUCGGUGAAAUUACAGAUAUGGGACACGGCUGGCCAAGAGCGGUUCAGGUCUGUCACAAGAAGCUACUACAGGGGUGCAGCUGGGGCGUUACUCGUUUAUGACAUUACGAGCCGUGAAACAUAUAAUGCACUCACAAAGUGGCUGACAGAUGCAAGGACAUUGGCUAGUCAUAACAUCGCCAUCAUUCUCUGUGGGAAUAAAAAGGAUUUGGAUGCAGACAGAGAAGUUACAUUCCUCGAGGCCAGCAGGUUUGCUCAGGAAAAUGAGAUGAUGUUUCUGGAAACUAGUGCUCUGACUGGAGAGAAUGUUGAAGAAGCUUUCUUGAAAUGUGCAAGGUCGAUACUCACCAAGAUUGAGUCAGGUGAACUAGAUCCAGAGAGGAUGGGUUCCGGCAUACAGUAUGGUGAUUCAACACUCCGUAAAGUUACGAGGACACCAACGGGUGCCGACUCCAAAUGCGCCUGUUGAAUAUUCAUGGUAUGCAAAAUAUUCCAGGCAGAUUGGAUGUAAUACGGAGAGUGCCCACAGUAAGACUUUCUCGUUGGCAACUGUGUAAGUGGAAAAGCAUUUAUUUUGCAGAUGACCUUCAUUGAGGGGCAUAACAAGAUUUAACAAAAUGGAAAUUUUCUCCUGAUUUCUACCCACGGCGGCGCACACAAGCAAUGGAACAUGUACUUUCAGCUUUAGAGGUUUUUUUUCCCUUUCUUUUCAUUGUUUAUGUGUAUGCUGCAUGCCUGGUGACUAGAGUAAGCUGUGUUUAUGUAAGUCAGCCAUCUCUGAUGAUUUUUAUGUCCUGACUUAAAAAACAGACCCCUGGACUUUCACAGUAACCCAGGUUCACUGAGUAGAGUAUGGCCAACCAGCCGUUUGCUUAAAACUGUACACACUCCAUGAAUACAGCAUUGCCAGCACUUUCAAGUGAUAACUUAAUCUUAAAAUGGAACCACCACAGCUCUUGGGGAAAUGUCUCUGAUAGAUAUGCCCCGCCAAGAUUUUUUAAUUGAGAGUAUUGUGUAUGAUGAAGUUCUCCGUAUAUUGUAAACUCUGUAUUAUGCAGCAAGAUCUGUAUAUAUUUUAAAUACUGGGGCUGACUGAACCAGAUGUACUUGUUUUCAUUUCACGUAUGUGUUUUGGGGAUUAGCGUGACAGGUCAAAACUUGCUGUUCAUGUAAUAUUUCCAUCAGUUAAUGAGCAAGUGUGCUAGGAAGAUGAGAGCAUUCAACACCAUUUCUGUUGAACUUGAAAGUUGUCUAGCGCCGUAAAAUGCCUUUGCUGAGAGUUAUAAGGAAACCAACUGCAGUAGAGUCAUGUACCAUUGUAUGCCCGCGAACUUAUUCCAUAAUAGUAUGGAACAGUGUGAACCAAUUGUCCCAAAUUCCGGCCUUUGUGCCCUUAAAACUUGUCACAAACAAUUAUUUCAAAAUGGAGCAUAAAUUCAUGCAUGUAUCACGUAGCAGGUACAUACUGUUUAUUGGCAUAAGAGCAUCCAAGUUGGAACAGGACACCACCCUUGGGUUAAGGAGAAAUUGAACUGAAAUGCAGCUGUAGCCAUAAAGUCCUAAUGCAGCCACCCAAAUUCUAACAAUUCUGCAGACCGUAUGGAUUUCUUUCUUUUUUUUUAAAGUUUGAAUCGAAAGUCUGAAUGUGUAUACAUGUAUACUACAGAUAUUGUUCACUGGUAGGUUUAGUGAAAAUGCAGUUGAAGUGUACCCCAAAUAUAGACACCAGAGUCGUUGUCUUUGUGGAUUGACAGUUUUCUGUUGUGUAAGAAAAAUGGGAAAUUCAGUACAUCACUUGGUAGCCACAUAAACUACAAAGUAAACUGUUCUUUUGUAAAAUUGGCAUUUUAUGACUCUUUGUUCCUGUCAGGUUGAUAUAAAACCAUGCUCAUGAAACUCGAAGUAUUUAAAAGGGUAUUUUAAGUUCAGUAGUGGUGAGCACAGGUCAUCUGACAGACCAGCUCGUAAACAUUGAAGCAUUACUGCUUUUCAGGUCUGGAAUCACAAAGCAGAACUUGCCUUUCUUUUCUGAUGAAUUUCAACUUUUGAUAUCAUUCUCAAAAGUUUCUUUUGCCCCAGCCCUUUAUCCUUCAUGCUAACUUUUAACAUGAUAUGACGGGGAUAUGGAGGCAAUUUGCAUUUUCUAAAGUAUUUUCAGAAAUUUCUCUGUGAAAACCAUUUCCUUAUUUUUGUACAGCUGGUAUGUUGGGGGUCACCUCUUCCCACAGCUUGUAAUUGAGGAGUACGUGUACAAGACCUGUCAUAUUACUACAUUCUGGGCAGAAUUGGUCGGGUGUCUCUUUGAUUGUGUUUGUAGUACUGUGUGUAGUAUGCUUGCUUUAAGUUAAACUAUUAGCAUAUGAUAUGUUACCAAAAAAUCUGAAAGAUGUCAUUGCGCAAAGAAAGUUGAAAAGUAUUCUUCGACUCAAGAUUUUUUUGUGGGGGGUCAUAAUGUUUGGUUUUGCUUUUGGGUUAUUGAAAAAUUUGUCAUUUACCUGGAGGAAUUGUUUUUCCAACUCAGAAUCGUGCAAGAGUGUUAUUGUUUUAUUAUGGUUUUUUUUUUUUGUCGUUGACUGGGGAACCUGUAUGUGGUUAACAUUGAAAUGAUUGACACCAAUUACUUGAAUUGUUUUUUUCAUUUUUAUACCUCUCCGCUGUCUGGAGUUUCACAUCACUUGUGUAUGUUGUAAAUAUCAAAUGAAAUAAUUAUUUGCAAAAAUGUAAUCAUUGUUAGGCAAUUUUGCAAAAUUGACACUGUUGUGAUAAAUGUUAGUAUUGACGGAGUAUCUUUUGUUUCAAAAUGCCUUCAUUUGAUUUAACAGCUGAUGUUUACAGCACUUCCAGUGUUUCAUUGCUGAUAGGAAUUUAUAACCAUUAGGUUAGACAGAGAGUUGGUAUUGCUUAAUGCAUCUUGGAUGGUAUAAGCUGUUUCCUUGCUCUGCUUGAUGAUCAACUGAACUAGAAAGUGCUUGUCUCCUCCAAAGAAUCUUGUUUCUUGGGCUAGGUUUUAACCAUGUGUAAAUUCAUGGGAACAGUGCUGAUAAUAGAUGUAGCCACAGCUCCGGAAGCCCAUUUUCGGACACAGCCAUAGACUUGCUGCAAGUCCUUUUAGAUCACAUGCCGAUAAGCAAUUCUCAAUGCUAUCUCACUCCCUUAAUAAUUUCACUUGCUUGGCCUCACCAAAAUCAUCUUCGUAAACCUCCAUUCAUGUUCUAAACGUAAUGGAUCACUUGCUUGCUCUUGAUGUUUGCAGAGGUGAGGUUCUCAUUUUGCUAUGUUUGUAUUUCCUGGAAAGUUUCCCGACAUGGAAAUUCUUGUCUCCUCAGCAGUGGUUGCAGAUCAGGCCCCUGAGGUGGACUUAAUCAAAUCAAAGUAAUUUAACAGAACGACAGUUAGCAUAUCAUAACAUUGUCAAACGCUGCAGAAUUGCCUGGCAAAAUUUGAAAUUGUGUGUAUAUGUAAAAGUAGAUUUCACUGUUACUGCAUUUAAUGUUAUCUGUAGUCUCAGUGCUUGAAGGCAGUGAUGUGUCGUUGUGUGCACUGGUAGAGUGCUUUUAAGAAAAGAUGGAAUACUGUAUUUUGAGUACACACUUGCCCAUGCGCACAUCUUUUUCUGGAAUAUCAAGCAUGGAGUAAUAAUGGAUGUUGCAGCUAGUACAUGUAGAUGCAGAGCACCUCUGAAAAUAUUGUAUUCUUGUGAAAAAUGAACUGGAGAAAUUUUGACCGUUGCUUGAUCUGGGACAACUGAAAUCAUCUGAGAACAUGGUUAUUUAAAUCAUUCUUGUCGAACUGCAUGAGAUGAGAUGAGAUGAUAAAAUUCACCUUUUUUACAGAAAGUAGAUGUUGAUCAUUUGAAAUCCACGGUUUAACACUGUGUUUGAAGUGCGAGGCUUCUGAAAUGGAUGUUUGACAUCAGUCACAGUGUGCACUGUGCAAGGAAGAAACGUGCUUGGUAUUAAUUGGAUAGGCUUGAUUGCCACUGGAAUGUACACAUUCCUAGCAGAGAAUGCUGAAGAUGCCGACAUAUUUUAUAAAGUAUUGAAUGAGCCUCAAGCUGACAAGUCACAUCAGUUCAUUUAUGUAUACCAGUUAAUCAUUGUGAGGCGUUCCCGACGACAUGCUUGCAGCUUAAUCCAUACACAGUAUAUUUCAACUGAUUGAUAUGCUGUUGAAUCUGUUCCUUUUUUGCCCUUUUUGGUGUAUCGUUUAAAAAUUAUAAAUUAUUUCAGUAACGCACUUACCUUUAAAGGCACAGCAACAAUAAAAUAAUAAUUUGAAGUUGAUAGAUGCACUGAUCUUAACUGAAUGAUGACGAUGAUUAUGAUUACUCAGUAAAUGAAAAUAAUGUAAUACUCAUAUUUUUACCAUGCCACACUGUCACCUUUGGUAUUGAAUGUCAGUUUUAAGUCCAAUCUUUUCAGUGCAUAGGGAGUGGAUGUCACAGAAAAGGGUUUUGCUACAUGAGAUUAGAAAAUAAGAACUUUGUGAAAGCUCAGAUAAAUUGUACAUUAAAAUAAUGUCGAAAGAAAGCUAAGAGAAUUGUAAAA